UGACCAGAGACAGAGAGAGAGGGAGUUAAGAGAGAGAGAAAGAGAGAGAGAGCGAAAGUGGGAGAGACCUCCUACAACAACCUCUGAAGCCAACCCAUAAAAUGAAUUCAGACUCAAGCCAGAGCAGCAGAGCAUCUUCCCCGGACAUGGACGUUAUGUCACUUCGAGAACAUCAUCCACACCACCACCACCAUCACCUACACCACGUUGGCUCGUCCGUGUCCUCCUCCACACAGAAGCUUAGCGCCAGCGACCUCCUGAGAUCCGGAGACCCGAAAUCCGUGGAGAGCAGCAGCAGUAGCAGUAGCAGCAGCAGCGGCAGCAGCAGCAACAAGUUUAAGCUGAAGAAACAAGUCACGGAGGAGGAGAUGUACCACCUGCGACUCAAGAUCAACGGCCGGGAGCGGAAGCGCAUGCACGACCUCAACCUGGCCAUGGAUGGCCUGCGCGAAGUGAUGCCGUACGCGCACGGGCCCUCGGUGCGCAAGUUGUCCAAGAUCGCCACGCUGCUCCUCGCCCGAAACUACAUCCUGAUGCUCAACAGCUCCUUGGACGAGAUGAAGCGGCUUGUGGGGGAGAUUUACGGAGGUCACAACUCGGCUUUCCACUGCGGCACAGUUGGUCACGCUGGGGGCCCAGGUGGGCACGCCGGUGGCCCCGUAGCUGCUGCUGCCGCCGCUGCAGCCGCCGCAGCAGCCGCGCACCAGGUGCACCCUCUUCUCGGCGGCGCACUGUCAACACCCACAUCCUCCACACUGUCCAGCGCGUUGCCAGGCCUCACGUCUAUCCGAGCCCCACACCCCCUUAUGAAGGGCUCCCCGGCUGCACCCCAGCCCCUGCAACUGGGCCCCGGCUUCCAGCACUGGGCCGGACUGCCGUGCCCCUGCACCAUCUGCCAGGUGCCUACUCCUCCACACAUCCCCAUCACCUCCUCCAGCCUUACCAGACUCUCAGUGGAGGGCAAGGACCUGAUGAAAUGA